AUGUGGCCUUUGGUCUGUUUUCUCGUGGGAGGCGCUGCGUUCGCCGCGCGCGGAGGUCUGCGGCAGGCUGCGAUAUGGCGGCAAGGCAAGAGCGCCUCUGGGGGCAGUGGAACCCAGGCCGACGUCGCCGAGCCUCUUCGCCAGUGGUUCCAGGCGAAAUUCGGGGCUGCAGGUGUGCAGUGGCGAGCGUUGACGCGCGACCUUCGGGGGUUCGAGAACCCCAUGUCCAAGACGGAAGCCUUCCAAAUCCUCAGACUCUCCCCCACGGCAACGAAGGAGAAGAUCCUGCAGACUCACAAGCAGUUGAUGCUUAGAAACCACCCCGACAACGGAGGAUCGACUUACAUGGCCACGAAAGUGAACGAGGCGAAGGAGAAGUUGCUAAAGGAAAGACGCUUCUCCUCGUCUUAUCUGUAG